CCAACUUAAAUCGUGCAAACAGAAAUGAGGCCGCCUCAAUGUGCAUCAUCAGUAAUGGAUUUAAUGGUUUUACGCAUUUACGGUCAAAUAAAUUCACACACAUCAUGUCAAAAUGUAAGUCUGGCCAAGUAUUCAUGUACACAGCCGGUUAUGUACAUUAGUAAGACAGACGUCUUAAGUGAAUGUAAACAGUUGGGAAAAAUCAAUUCAAUCAAUAUCAAUAUCAGUCCAAUAUUAAUCUGUUGCCGUAAUUUUAAUCAGACAAAAUCACUCACUCUACUGAUGACUAACUUUAUUAAAUUUAAUGAGAAUCAUUGUGCGUGUCAUACAGUGAAAUCUGUUUUACAUUUAAUUGCUUUAGCCUAUUUAAUUUCUGUAGUAUUUGAUCUUACUUGAAUGCAGACCUACUUAUAAAACAUAUAAUUUUCGUGAAAUAAGAUUUAGUAUCGCCCACGCCUAAACAUUAGCAUGUGGAGAUUCCGGUCUUUAAUUUUACAAAAUGUUAAAUGUAAUUUAAUUCUUAAUGUUGGAAAUAACAUAAACCCUGCUGAUUGAGACGUGUUUUUUGUACAUUUUAGUAAGGAAUAAGGAAAUUAACAUAUCACCACAGAAAUGCAGGGACUCGACUGUAAAUAUAGUCCUUUUAAAUUUAAAAUAAUUUGCUCUUAAUGCAAUGUUAUUUUCAUUCAAUUACUUAAUGUGAGCUGAAUUGCAAUAACUAGUUAAGUAGCUUAAACAAAACUUUGAAUUUUGAAUCAAAACUGUUUUUGAAUUAACAAGAAUUGCUCAAAUUUUCUCUUUUUUUGUCCCAGAAUAAGAGAGUACCUAAGACAGCAGCAACCAGCAGAUGCAGCACAGCACAGCAUAGCAGGAUUUGCAAGACCAGAAUUGACCAAACAAGCAUUGCAACUUUAUGAUGCAAGUUCUCCAAGACAACAAGAAAUUCAUAAUGCCAUCAUUAAGGAUCUGCUCAUUGGCUGCACUUUACCUCUGUCAAUUGUUGAAAAUCUGCAUUUCAGGCAUUUCUUGAAAGUAAUGGACAACAGAUACACUCCCAUUGCAAGAAAAACAAUCACUGAAAAACACAUUCCUUUGUUGGUUGACCAGGUGAAGGAUUCAAUUAAAAGGAAGCUCCAGACCCAAUCAUCUGUGUCCAUAACUGCUGACAUAUGGUCUGAUCGAACCAUGCGGUGUUACAGCCCAUGGAUUAAACCAAGAUAGAAAUCAGCUGGAGUCCUUUCUUUUAGACUGUAGGAGGUUUUGUGGCAGACACAGUGGAGACAACAUAGCCAUGGCAUUUGACGAGAUCAUUGAUGAAUAUAACAUAGAAAGUAAAGUCAGGUACAUUAUAACUGAUAAUGCAGCCAAUAUGAAGUGUGCAUUCAAAGUCAAGCUACCACAAGAAGAGCAGCACAGUGAUGACAGUGAUGCAGAAGAGGAAAACUUAGAUGAUGAGAGUCUUUGGGAGGAUGUGACCUGGGAAGACGAGACUGUCAUGGUGAGAACAAGACAAAGGCUGUCAUGUUUUGCACAUUCUCUACAAUUAAUUGUGCAUGAUGGAAUGAAAGAAGCCAAGGCCUUUUCUUCAGCACUUGCCAAAAUGUCAAAAUUAACCUCAUUACUUCAUACAAGUACUACGUUUAAAGAGCGAUUUGAGGCUACAUUUGGGACAGAUAGAUCAAUUCCUGCAGCUACAUCCACACGCUGGAACAGUACAUUCAAGCAGCUACAGGCCCUUACAGCACUUGACCAUAGGGAUCUCACUCAAAUUUGCAGUUCAGACUUCCAACAUGUUCUUUUUUCAGUUCGUGAAUGGAAUCAACUGAAGGAUUUAGGUUCUGUUCUCUAUCCUUUUGCAGAAGCAACAGACCUUACAGAGGGUGAGAAAAUGGUCACUAUUAGUAUGGUGGUCCCCACUGUACUUGAUUUAAACACUCAUCUGCUCCAAAUAUCAGAGUCAAGAAGUCAUUGCCGGCCACUAGCCACAGCCCUUCGGCAAUCACUUUUAAAGAGAUUCUCUGGGAUCUUUGUGAGAACCAAAAUGGUUGAGCAAAAUGGGAAAGAGGACCAGUUCAACAAUAAUGUAUAUUUCUUGGCUACAAUGCUUGAUCCUCAGUUUGGUCUUAACUGGGUUGAUCUAGAUGUAACCAACAGUGAGAGUCCAGAUUCAGUGAAGAAAUUCAGAGAGGAUCUGAAAAGAACACUUAUAGAAACUUUGACUGCAGAAGUUGAGGGCGAGGCCACAGCAGAUGGAGACAUGCUGCAUUCUGGAGUUGAUGCUGAUGAAACCACAGAUUCUCCUCCUGGCAAAUGCCCACGACUUCUAGCUCGCUAUCGAGCCCACAAGCACCUGAGCCACUCAGCUAAGGAUACAUGCAGCAUUUCAGCUCAGAUACACAAGUACUUUGAUGCCAUUCAAGACACAGACACAAAUACAGCACUUGAAUUUUGGUCGACAAACAGGGAGAGAUUCCCACAGCUCUACUCUCUGGUUGUAAAAGUGCUGUCUAUACCAGCAUCCUCUGCACCAGUAGAGUGUGUCUUUAGCAAAGGUGGCCUCAUCGUGAGACCACAUCGUGCACGCUUAACACAUAAAAUGGUCACAGCGCUUGUAUUUCUGAAAAGGAAUAUGGCCCUGGUUUAGUGCUUGACUGUGUGCACUAUAGUACAUUGCAUGUUCAUUACAACUCAUUUUACAAGACCAGAGAGCGGUGUUCAGAAAGGAGUUUGUUGUUGAUUAAGCACAGUAAUAAAGCUUUUUUUUUUUGUUAUUACAAGCUGAUAUAUUUAAAUUCUACUCUGAGUAUUGCCUCAGCCUAUUUAAAUGUGGGGGAGAGGCAUUAAAUGAUUGAAAUGUCAGCUUUAACUGGAGGACAAUAUAGUGUGAU